GCAAAUUUUUAUUGAUAUACGGAGCGUAAUCGAACAAAAAAAAACUUAGUAAAUAAAAUAAAAGUGGUAGCGCAAAAAUAUCAAAAGCGUAGAAGUUAAUGUGUUCAUCUGUAUUUGAAUUGCAUUAAAUUAGAAAAACACGAGUAAUUAGAAAAACACGAGUACCUUCAAUCCGGAGUAAAUAAACAAUUAUAAAUGUAACAAAAUCCUACUAAAAUUUGCAGUGUUAACAUUUUCCAAACAAAAUUUUUAAAGAAAAUUAAAAAAUUUUGGGAAUAGUUGUUAUGACUAAGGAAAAUAUAAUCACUACUUUAAUUUAUUAUUAAAUUGAAUACGUACAUGUCGUGAUGUUUUUUUUGGUGAAAUGUCGUUUAGCUUUAAUCACAUUAUUGUUAACGACGCCAGCUAUUUCGUCUUUAGCCAAUAUAAAUACAGAAACAGCGGCAAACCCAAAUAGCUAUCAAAAUGAAGAUUACAUAUCACAAAACUUUGGACUGCAUAAGAAAUGCAAUGAUUCAGUCUUUUCAGAUCAUCGUGUUACAAUAAAAUUUAUGACCAAAGUUGUUCAAAAUGAAUAUAUUGUUGCAUUUAAUAAUUAUUACAAAACCGUGGCAAGAGAAAACUACUUAAAAGCAGCAUUGAACCAUUCUAAAAUAAUCAAUUGGAAAAUUUUACCACGUUCAAAUCCAGCCAGUGAUUACCCCAGUGAUUUCGAUUUAAUUUUAUUGGAAGAGGAUACAAGCUUAUCUGGAUUGGAAGCUUUAAAAUCUCACCCAGCUGUUAAAAGCGUGACACCACAACGCAUGGUACACCGCUCUUUAAAAUAUGUUCCUAUACAAAAAGAUAGCAAUAAAUAUAUUAACGAUUAUGAUAACGAAUCAGGUGAAUCGGACAGUACACGAGAAGAACAGCAGUUUCUAGAAGACGAAAAAUUUCUGUACGAAUUGAUAGAAAAAAUUGCACACGAUGCUGAGAAAAGCGCAGAAUCAAUUAAAAAUCUGCAACGAAAUUUACAUCAAAGCUCAACAACCGAAAGUUCUUCCGGUCCUAUUAACGAAGUUAUUUUAAAUGCGCUCAAUAACUCGGGUAUAGCAAAUCAGACUAGCGAUGAUAUUUUUAAACAUGCUAACAGACGAUUAUUACGGGCCAUUCCAAGACAAAUAACUUCAAUGCUAAAAGCGGAUGUGCUUUGGUCGUUGGGUAUAACCGGCAAAGGUAUUAAAGUGGCUGUUUUUGACACAGGGUUGUCUAAAAAUCACCCACACUUUAAAAAAAUCAAAGAACGUACAAACUGGACCAAUGAAAAAUCACUUGACGACGGUGUUAGUCAUGGAACGUUUGUUGCUGGAGUUAUAGCUAGUUCAAAAGAAUGCCUUGGUUUUGCUCCAGAUGCAGAAUUACACAUAUACAGAGUUUUUACUAAUAACCAAGUAUCAUAUACAUCAUGGUUUUUAGAUGCGUUUAAUUAUGCCAUUUUAAAAAAAAUAAAUAUAUUAAAUUUAAGUAUUGGGGGCCCAGAUUUUUUGGAUCAUCCAUUCGUGGAUAAAGUUCUAGAAUUAACAGCAAAUAAAGUCAUCAUGAUAUCAGCUAUUGGUAAUGAUGGGCCGUUAUAUGGGACUUUAAAUAACCCAGGGGAUCAAAGCGAUGUGAUAGGAGUUGGUGGAAUGAAUUUUGAGGAAAAUAUUGCAAAAUUUAGUUCAAGAGGAAUGACAACUUGGGAAUUACCACUAGGUUAUGGAAGACUAAAACCCGAUAUUGUAACUUAUGGAAGUCAAGUUAAAGGAAGUAAUAUUAGAGGUGGGUGUAGAUCUUUGUCAGGUACUUCAGUUGCUUCGCCAGUUGUCGCAGGAGCAGUCACACUGAUUGCAAGCGGAGUACUUCACAAAAUUGAUAUGAUAAAUCCAUCAUCAAUGAAACAAGCUUUGAUUGAAGGGGCUACAAGAUUAACAGACAAUAACAUGUUUGAACAAGGUCAUGGUAAGCUAAACAUUUUGAAGAGUAUGAAAAUUCUUUCGACAUAUUCUCCGAAAGCUACAUUGAGCCCACCUUAUUUAGACUUCACAGAGGAUUAUAUGUGGCCAUAUAGUACGCAGUCAUUAUACUAUUCAUGUUCACCUGUAAUUGCUAAUGUUACAAUUUUAAAUGGAAUGGGUGUAACAGGGCGUGUUAUUAACAAACCGACAUGGCAUCCCUAUAUUACACAGUAUGGUCAUUUAUUAAACGUCUCAGUAACAUAUUCAGAAUUUUUAUGGCCAUGGUCCGGAUGGAUGGCGGUGCAUAUAGUUGUAAACGAAAAUGGUUUAAAUUUUGAAGGUUUGGCCCAGGGUCACAUAACCCUCACUGUUCAAAGCCAUUCUGGGCCAGACGAAAUUGAAGCACGUAAUAGUACUGUCAGUUUUCCCAUUCGAGUUAAAAUCAUACCAAAACCUCCACGUCACAAAAGAAUUCUUUGGGACCAAUAUCAUAGUUUACGGUACCCUCCAGGUUAUCUGCCGAGAGACAAUUUGAAAAUUAAAUCGGAUCCAUUAGAUUGGAGGGCCGAUCAUAUCCAUACCAAUUUCAAAGACAUGUAUACGCAUUUAAGAAAUGCUGGUUAUUAUAUAGAAGUUCUGGGACAACCGUAUACUUGUUUUAAUGCUUCUAACUACGGAACAUUGUUAAUUGUUGAUCCAGAAGAAGAAUUUUUCGAUGAAGAAAUCACUAAAAUAAAAAAUGACGUUUAUAAUUUAAACCUCAGCAUCAUUGUCUUUGCAGAUUGGUAUAACACGACGGUGAUGAAAAAAAUUAAAUUUUUCGAUGAAAACACAAGGCAGUGGUGGAUGCCAGAUACUGGUGGUUCUAAUAUUCCCGCUUUAAAUGAACUUUUAAGAGAAUUUGGUAUAGCAUUUGGUGAUUUUGUUGGAGAAGGAUACUACGCUUUAGGAGAUCAUAGCAUGUAUUACGCUAGUGGAGCUAACAUAAUACGAUUUCCAAAAACGAAUGGAACUAUUUUAAUAGAGGCAGAAUUGCAUGAUCAAGGUUUAGAGAUAUUAAAAACAAAUGAACAAAGAGCUCGGUAUAAAAUUUCCGUUCCCAUACUAGGUUUGGUUCAACUUGAUCGCGAUUUGUACAAAUUUCAUACUCUUGAAUAUGAACAAAACAAGUUUAAUGAGAACGUCAUCGAUCAACCAGAUCUAGAUCUUGAAGAGCAAGAUGUCAAGAGAAACCCUAUAUUAAAUAAAAGAACCUUGCUAGAAGAUACAAAUAUAAAAGUAGAGAAUAAAACGAAAAAUGAAAAAACCAUAAAAUUUGAUAAUGACGAAAUUAUUAAAAAUUUAGAAAAAUUUGAUGAUUUAGUAAAUGAUUUAGAAGCAAACAAUUUAGAUGCAGGGGCUGGUGAAGAUGAUAGUGGAAAUCUUCAAGGGGAAAAUUAUAAUAACUUACCACCUCAGCAAAAUGAACAGGAAAUGAAUGAUAUUAAUGAUACACAUAAUUUUAAUGAUAUUAAAAACCAAAAUUUCAAGCAUUUUAUCAAAACAGAAAACAAAAAUUUAAAUCAAAGAGAAGGUCGUGUAGCUAUUUUUGGCGAUUCUAACUGUUUGGACUCAACACAUUUAGAAAAACCUUGCUAUUGGCUUUUAGAUGCUUUACUAGAAUUUACGAUGACCAAUCACAUAUCAAGUUUGUUGCAUGAUUUGAACAAAAAUAAUCAUGUAAUAUUACAAUCUGAUGUUGCUACCCCAACAAAACUAUUGCCAGGAAGAAUGUCUGGUAGUAAUUUAAAUCAAUACUCAAAGGUGUUAGAUCCCCGACAUUCUCAACAAAAACGUGUAUUACCCAAAUGUUUGACUCUAAAUUGGGGGCAUCCUAUAUUUUUAAAUUUAACAGCACCCCGAGAUUUGAAAUUGCGAAACGACAUGCUUAUUAAUGAAAAUAUGUUGAACAAUGGCCUUGGUGUUGGUGCGGCUGGUCCACAUCACACAAUUAAUGGUGAAGAUGGCGAAAAUAAUUCCAAUUUAUUAAGAAAAUUAGAAAGUCAAAAAGGUAUUUUAAUGCAAGAGGAUUCUGAUUUGGGUGUUAUGGUAGUUGCAAUGGGAUCAUCAUCGCAAUUUGGUACCGCAAAUGUAGUACAAGGAGGUGGCAUCAACAAUCUCCAAAAUAGAAACAGCAAUCGAGAAAAACAAUCAUCGCAUCGCACUAUAUAUGUUGAUGAAACUAGUUUUUUGGAAAAUAAUAUAAAAAAAGGUGUUCAAAAUGCUUAUAAUUUAAAAGUGAUCAAUAGCAGAAUACAUUCAUCUGAUGAGGAAACCCUUAGUUAUUCAUUAAUUACUUUAGUUUUAUUAACCUUAAUAGUAUUUAUUAUUUUUAUCAAUUGGUUUAAACGAAGAAGAAUAUUAAAUUUGGGAUCUAGUGGAAACACUCAAAAUUGUGGUAGUAACACUGGCACAUCAAAUAACCACCGUAAUAGUCGUUCACGUCGAUACUCAUCAUUAAGAUCAUUGUGGUUUUAAAUUUAAAUAUACGGUAUUAUUUUUUUUGAAAAAAAAAGAAGUGCAAGAAUAACUAAUAAUAAACAUUAUAUUGGGUUUUAAGAAAUUUGUGCUAUAAUCAGAUGUCAAAGAUUUUAAUUCUGGAUUUUGUUUUCUUUUUAAAAGUAAAGGCGUUUUUAAGAAAAUGUCAUUUAAAAUUUCAUUGUAAUUAAAUAAUCAUAUUGUGAACAAUGUUAUUUAUUGGUUUUUUAUAAUAUAAAGAAGUUUAAUGAAAUUUUAGUUACAAAAACAUAUCAAGUCAAGAAA